AUGCUCAAUACGAUGGUUGGGUCAGAAUGCACAAUAUGGGGUCAGAAUGCACAAUAUGAUGGACGUAUAGAUAGACUAGAGAUGUUAUUAAAAGAAGCAAAAGAUAAUCAUGUAGGUAUUUAUUCUUCUUAUUCGCGUGUCUUAGAGUCUCCUGGUUCUUAUAAGAAAAGAAUAAGAGAAGAAAAUAAUAAUAAUUGUCUCCUUGAUGAGGAGACAGGAGGAGACACUUAUCAGCAGCAGCAGCAGCAGCAGCAGCAGCAGCAGCAGCAGCAGCAGCAGCAGCAACGGCAGCAGCAGCAGCAGCAGAGGGACAAUGAUAGGAGAGACUAUCGAGGAGACAGUAGGGAUAGAGGAAGAUCUCCUGCACCUAAGAGGGCUAAUAGGGGACCACAGGAUUAUGAUUACCAGCAGCAGCAGCAGCAGCAGCAGCAGCAGCAGCGGCAGCAGCAGCAGCAGAGACACGGGUAUGAUGGGUCUCCUAUUGCACCACAAAGAAGAAGAAGAGAAGAAGAGGAGACACCUGAUGGAGACAGAUCUAGAGGGAGACAAAGAAUUAGGCAGGAGCUGCUGCGCCAGCAGCAGCAGCAGCAGCGGCAGCAGCAGCAGAUGAAUCUGCUGCUGCACAGGAACAGCAGUAAAUCAAGAAGCCGCAGCGCAAGGAGACGCAAAGCAACAGAACGUGCUGCAGCAGCAGGUGCAGCAGCAGGAGCAGCAGCAGGUGCAGCAGCAGGUGCAGCAGCAGGUGCAGCAGCAGCAGCAGGAGAAAAAGGCCAAGGUAGACGUGGUUCUGCAUCUUCUGCUGCAGCAAGAGGAUUUGCUGCAACAACAGCAGCAGCAGGUGCAGCAGCAGCAGCAGGUGCAGCAGCAGCAGCAGCAGCAGCAAAGCGCAGCAGGAAGAAUGAUGGUGCUGCACUAACACGUCAGCAUAAAUCUGUGAGUUUUUCUCGUACAGCAGCAGCAGCAGCAGGAGGAGGAAAAGGAGGAAAAAACAGCAGCAGCAGCAGCAGCAGCAGCAAUAACAACAGCAGCAGCAGCAGCAGCAAGAGCAGCAGCAGCCCCCCUAAGAGGAGAGGGAGAUACAUGAUAGAGAUAGAAGGAGACGGCAGCAGCAGCAGCAAGAUAGAAAGUUUCUAUGAUGAUAGCCAAGACUCUGAUUAUGUAUAA